AUGCCGUUGGUUGGGAUCUAUAUCGCCUGUGCAUCCCUGUUAUGCAUCCUUGCAAUGGUGGCUGAUUUAUUACAUGGUUUGCGUAACAGAAAGCUCUGGUUUCCAUGUAUUGUUGACCUGAAUGCAAAGUUUGGAAGCGUGUGGUUUAUGUGCACCAUGAUGGCUAAUAUGCUGCCUUCUCUAGCAACCAUGAACACCAAGGAACUUGUCACAAACGUCAUAGCCUUGGGUGUUCUAGUAAUCACCUUGGUUGUCAAUAUUUGCAUUCAAAUUAACACCGGGAUUCUCUUUUAUUCAGUAGAUGAUGCUGAUGUCCUUGUGGCUACUCCAGUUUAUACAUAUCUUAAAGGAACCUUCCUCCAGAGUAUUAUUUAUGCAGUCGCUUAUGUGGUUCCCUUACUCAUGUUGCUGAUAAUAUAUGCUUGUUCAUCUUUAGCAAUUCUAAAGUCGAAAGAGAUUCUAGAAUCUAAAUACCAAUCCGCUCAUCAAACAACUUUAAUGGAUCAAGAGCUGCAACAACCAGGAAGAGUGCUAACUGUUGAGAAGCUAAAGCAGCAUGUGAGCAACUACUGGAUCAUGGCAGGAACUGGAAGCCCUCAAUUUAUGACAGCUUGCUCUGCUACAACCUCCGCUUCUGGGGUAAUAUGUGCUUUAACCAGUGUCUUACUUAUUUUGUUUAUGAUCGUUGAUUUGGGAAAUCUAAUGGACUAUAGUUCCGAUUACAAGUGGUCGAUGUCACUGAUUUAUAUUAUACAAAGUAUCGGAGUGAUACUGGGUACGAUUGCCCCAGUAGCAAGAUGUUUUGCAGCAUUAAGCUUUAAGCUGUCAGUAAAAUGGAUUUGGAAGCAACUCAAGGUCUAUAAAGUAGAGAGUUACUGGACCCAGAAGUUAUAUGAUUGGAAACAGAGUAGCAUACAUUUCCCAUCCAGAAGCCGCAAAUGCAAGAUUGUCAUUCACCAUUUGAAAAUCCUAAGUCUCAGCAUUUGUAUAGGAUUUCAGAAGACAAUCGUGGUAGCAUGCAAGAUUAUAGCAGUGAUUCCAAUUUUGAUAACAAUGAUUCCGGUUUUCUUUGUGAUAUGUGUCUCGUAUUGUCUGGGUUGUCGGACGUGCUUAAAGGCCAUGUUUAGCGCAUCAAGCAUUGUGUUGGGACAAAAUCCUGAGCAGCUUGAGAACGAUAGAGAUCUAAGACAGUAUGUUCUGCAACUUCAAGAUGACAUAGAGUUUGCUGAGAAAACAUUAAAAGGUAUUUCAAAAUCUGUGAACCACUUGAUCCGAAAGUCUGAAAAACAACAACCAAAGAAUCUUAUGAAGCUUCUAGCAGAAUCUAGAGGUUUUGAAGGAGUUGAAAGGAUUGACAGCCAUCAUGUUCCGCCUUUACUUUCAGAAGAAUAUCUCAACUGUUGGAGUUUACCAUUGGUAACUCUCACAUCCAUCGCCAUGUCUCUUCCGAACAUCCAAAAGAAGAAAGUCGAUUGCUUGUUGAAUGGUGUGAGUGAAGGUCUUGUAUAUGUCAAACUUGUGGAAGAAACCCUCAAUGCUACUGAUAAUCAUGUAAGCAUUCAAAAGGCGGCUAAAACUUUGUGGGUAGAAGUUGAAGUCUACCACAAAUGGUUAGGACACAAGCUGCCAAAACCUAAGCCUAAAGUGAAUACACCGGGAUAUAUUCUUCAAUGGUUAAGGGAUACAGCUAAAAACAAAGCCAAUGAGGUGGAAAGCCAAGAUGAUAAUUCGAGAUACAAGUUUAUUUGUGCCAAUUCAAUGUAUCGUAUCACUGAAACAAUAAUGCUCUCCUACCACGAGAACAUUGACGAGGUUAGCCAGGAUGAACUAUUGGCACAGUUAUCAUCAAUGAUCGCUGACAUACUGGCUGCGUGUCUCACUAACUUACCCCAAGUCAUUGCAAUGAAAUGCCACGAAAAUGCCAUAGAAAAAAGGGAGGCGAGUGUCCAAGCUGCAGCCCAACUUCUUGGUGAGACUACACAGAUAAUCAACAGCCUUCAAGUUCGUGAACUUCCAAGCUUGAAUCCAGACGAGUUGGCGUUUAUUGAUAAGUGGUGUGCUUACUUAAAGAAUCCUUUUCCUUGA